UCUCUUGCCUUCACUUCAGCCAAUCCACAAAACACAAACACGCCCUAUUCUCCGCUUCAAACAUAUUUGUUUCUCGCUCAAGCAACCAGAGAAAUCAAAUGGCAGUCGAUUUUGAAUUCAAGGAGGAAGAUAUGGUGGUUGACGACGGAGUUGGGUACCCAAGAGCCUAUGCAAAGCUGUGUAGAGAUCGUGGAGCUGCUGGGAUUUAUAGCCGCGGUCCUCCCUUCACUUUCCUCCCAUGUGCAAUGCAGCAACAUGAGAUUCAGAGAGCAAAGGAAUUAGAACAAAUGUUCCCAAUUACUGACCCAAAAGCAAAGCCAACAGCCAAACCCAAGAUUUUUGUUGGUCUCUUGUGGAAGCAACUCAAUCACCUCGGGAAUGCUGGUUUUGAUCCUGCAGUCAUUCGAGUAGAUCCAUAUGGCAAUGUUUUAUAUUUCCAUGCUGAUAGAGCCUCUCCUCUUGCUUGGGACAUUGACCACUGGUUUCCUUGCCAAAGGGGAGGAUUAACAGUUCCAAGUAAUCUGAGGAUACUUCAAUGGCAAGUGUGCAAGAGAAAGCAUAACAAGUUAGAGUUUCUCGUUCCAUGGUGGGAUCUUCAGCUUGGAAUUUCUGUGAACCAGUUUUUAUCCAUAUUUGCUUCUUCCAGUUCGGAUUUCAGGCAUAGGGCAUUUUCAUUUCUGUUCUCAGAAGGUGAAAAUGAAGAAUUAAAUGCUUCACAGACUGUGGAUUCACAUUCUUUUCCCCAUCAUUUCAUUGAAUCAAAAGAGCAACUAGGCCUUGCUCCGGCUGCCCUUGUUAUAUCUCGAAGAGAGACAUAUGAUACUUCAUUGGCUUUGAAAUCACUGGAUUACAAUAGGCAGAUAAGGCCACAUUCUCCUGCAAUUGCUGCGAGAAAAGUAAAGCCAGGUGACUUGAAAGAAAAUGAGAACCCAGACUUUGUUACAAACCCCUACCAAGCCAUUGUCAUGGCCAGGGAUUCUCUGAAGCAAAGAGAAGAAGCUCACAAGAUGCAACUUGAAAUACAGAAAUUAGAUGACGAAGUUAAUGAAAUGAGGAGAAAGAAUGAUGAGGAAAAACUUGCUAUUCAGGAUUUGGAGUUGGCACUGAUAAAGCGUAGGAGAAGGGCAGAAAAGUGCAGGCGGCUAGCUGAGGCACAAUCUUCGUAUAGGACUAUGUUAGAGAAGAUGAUUCGAGAUGCUAUGCACCAGAGCGUCAUUUACAAGGAACAAGUAAGACUGAACCAGGCUGCAGCUAAUGCACUAAUGGCAAGGCUUGAAGCACAGAAGGCAAUUUGUGAUGCAUCAGAGAAAGAUCUCCACAAGAAAUUCAAACAGAGAGAUGAGCUUGAGAAACAGAUAAGGCCUGAAUGGGAACAUGCAAGGAAGAGAUCAAGAAUGGAUGAUACCUUGUCAGAAGAUGUAGACCAUAAAGCUAUUUUUUAUUUGCCAGGAACCAGGCCAACACCACCUCUGCACAAGGAACUGAGAGUAUUUCUAGAGGAGGAACAUAAAGCAUCUGAAGCAGCCUUAUCUGCAAAUGAAGAUGGGAAGCAUGAAGAAAUUGAAGAACUGAAAAUACCUGCAAAAAAUUCAAACAGAGAAGAUCCUGAUAAGCAUAAUAAAUCCAUUGUUGCCUUGGAGAACUAUGAAAUCCCAAUUGAGCAUAAGCUUCAGGCACUAGAAAUAGGUGAAGGGAAGAGAGACAAAAUUCAAUUUCCAAUUAUUAGAGGAGAAGAAAUAGAGGAAGAUGAAGAGAGCAGAAGGCAGCGAGGGAAAGGAAAUGUAGAGAGGUGGUUACGAAUGUUGCUACAGAAGUCUGAAGAGGAGUUGGAACAUGAGGACUCAAAUGGCCAUGAAAAAUCCAGUACAGAUGAUAUAAUUACAAUGCUGAAUCAAAUUUUCCCACAGGAGGAGGCCAAAAGUUCAAAGCAUCCAGGAUUUGACCAGGAGAUUUUACAUGUUCCUGUUGAAAAGCAACAACAAAUAAUUCUAGAGAAGGAUAAAGGAAAGAAGGUAGAGGAAAUUGUUGAGAUAGAAGCAAACAAAACACUGACAAGUGCAGGUGAAGCAAAUGGUGAAGGGAUUGGAAAUAGCAAGAGUUUUGAAGGGAAAGAAAGCGAGGAGAACGGUAAAGAAAGAGCGCUUGUCAGGUCUGAAAGUGCCAGGACCUUGCGGCGUAUCCCAUCUUCCCCUUUGCUCUUGGGUAUGAGAAAGGGAGUGGAGUGCAUGAGGAAGAAACCUAUGGUAACUGGUGAUGAUGACUGCAACGAGGAUUAUGCAGCCAGAAACAGCUUCAUCAAGUCAUCCAUCAAGACUAUUAAGAAAGCAGUGAAAAUAUGAAAACUUCAUGUAUGCUAGUGCAUUUGUAUUAUAUCUACAUUGUUUCAUUCUUCAUUUUUUUUUUUCCAAAUUUUUAUAGAGUGCCAUAGCUACAAAAGCUGAAUAAUCGAGUGAAAUCUAUGUAUAUUAGUCUUUGACAUAUUAGUCUUUGAUCUGUGUAUGAGAUUACCUGUGUGAAGAGACGUGAUAACAACUUGUUGUGUUCUUAAUAAACUAAAUUCAACUUCUUUUUUCA